AUGUCGAGCACACGCAGCACUCGACCAAAUAUCGACCAUUUCUAUAAAUCAGAACGCAUCGAGCUCGAGGAAUCUACCGUCGAGGCUCAUGAUCAGGUCACCCCAUGGCCAUCUAUUGCAGGCAACGGUUCCAUCAGUUUUGGAGAAGAAGCGAAGGGGUCAUCUGCAUUUGGAAGUGGCUUCGGCAGUGAGUCAUCGUCGAGUUGGCGGGCGCUUGAUGCUAUUGAGAGAGGCGCUGAUGAGCCGCAUCUCGCAGAUCCUGUCCACCAUGGUCCAAAUUAUUAUACACCGGGCCCACAAUAUCCGAGUCCUUCUGGCGCUCCGUAUAUGAGCGGCCCCACUUCGCCCUUCCCACAAUUCGGGCAUAUGCCUCACCCGGGUCAUAAUCCUUAUGGAAGCCCUAACGGAUAUAUGAACGGCGGAUGGCCAGGUCAAAGCCCGUACCCUCCUCCUCCAACCUGGGGAGGGCCUCAUCCAAGUCGCGCUCCUGCCCAAAUGCCAAGAGGGAACAACCAAACCUCGCCAACCCCGAGUCGCAGAGGCCCGAGCGCUUCUAACCAGACACUAGGCGUUCCGAGGCGCGACUGGGACAACGAUUCUAUCCAAGAGACAGCGAGCAACGCUUCGAGUGAUGAUGAGCGUGAGGAAAAUACGGGGAUGGAAAACAGACCAGACCAGCCGCUGACCAAUGCGUCGUCGACAACGAGCACAACUGCCACUCUGGAUAUUCGAGGACAAUCGUCCUCCACAGGGACCUCGUCAUUUUCUAUGUCCGUUGGAAGGACGACAAAGCGCAGGUAA